GACAUAAUCAUGGCAUUGCUUUUUAGGCUGUAGGUACUCUAAAGUUGUACUUGAGUAAUUGUAGAUUUUUAUUAAUUGUAGUUGUGCUCCUUGAUGAAUUUCAACUGUAAAUAUGUGACAUUCAAAAGUGAAAUUUGUAAAAUGUAGCUAUAGAAGAAAUAAUAGACAUUGAUGCUUCAAAAAAUGAUUCAGAUGCAUUGAAGUGUCACUAGUGAUGAGCAUUAUCGUAAUCGAAAAGACUGCACCGUUAGCGAAAGAUGAAUAGUUACUUUGUAUCGUAGAAGUUGAAACCAGUCAUGAGUACAAUUAAGCCUUUGAUGGAGAAGUCGGACUUCUUUCCGUUAGAUUUCGCUUCGAACUCGACGUUCGGAAAUCUGGAGAACAUGAAGAUGGACAGCAACUUUGCCCUCCUGCUGGGGUCGCUGGUGUCGACUAUGGCCUGGGUCAUCUACAUAUCCUACUACAACUCUAGGGUGUUGGGCUAUUUCAUGACUAAACUGCUCAACCGACUGUUUGUGCGCGAGGGAUAUCUCAGAGUUGGUUCGUUCACACUGUGCGUUCUGUCGGGCAAGAUAAUGUUCAGAGACAUAGUUUACAUCACCUACGACUACACGGCUCGUAUACAGGAUGGAUGGAUGAUAUUCCGGUGGUGGAGAGCCUAUGUGCCCAAGGAUGUCUCUGAAGACCUGUCUCACUCUGACACUCGCUUAUCAGUGAUGCUGAAUGGAUUCGAGUUACAUGUCUAUAAUCGAUGUGCAGUUUAUGGCCAUUUAGAGCGGGUGUUUGGUUUGGAUCCCAACCUGUUCUCCUGCGAUAUCCACGAGUUCUCAUCCAACGAUCCAGAACGACAAUCGCAGAUGUCGUGUGUGAGUAGACAGGAGAGACCCCAGCCUGGAGCUGGAUCACUGGGCAAAAGCUGGAGAGAUCUCAUUCCUGUAAUCAAAGUUGACGUUUCUUCGGGUCGUAUGGUUUUCGGCAACCGGCUAGUUCCGACGACCCUGUCGGUGCUUGUCGAAGAGGCGCACUUUGUCUACUCAACCAAGCCGGCCGCCUCCAGACUCGAUCACUUCACGCAUAUCGCCAAAUGCAAAGCGGAGAAUUUCAAGGUGAUCUUAGCUCCUAGUCCGAAGUAUACAGGCAUGGCCGAUGAUCCGCCCAGGUAUAUGGGAGAAGGAUUUGUCGUCCUAUCUUCAAACAACGUUGAUCUCUAUUUCUAUAUGGAUGAACCAGGCUAG